AUGACCGACGCAGUGUUGGCCUCCUCAGCAAAAGAGGCUAGCCAGGCCUCCGGAAUAGACCAAUCCAAAAAACCCGAGCCCAUUUCAACCUUCAAUGCACCAAAAUUGGCAUCACCAUUCCCCUCCCCUACGGAAGCCAAACGACCCGCGUCAUUCAAACAGGCCCAAAGAUCGGAUAAAACUGAUGAGAAUCAGAGCUUCAAUAAUCAUGAACUGUCUCAGGAACCCCAAUUUGCCGCCCAGACCAAAGACUUCCGCUCCACCUCAACCCAGCAUGGUUCGCCCAAGGAGAAGCCAUCCAUGAACACCCGGCUACCGAACAGGACCACCGAGGACAACCCGCCAUCAAUGAGUCGUCACCAACCUCAAUCAUCUGCCACCGGGAUGUCUCCCCCCUCUCGCGCUCCCAGCGUCCAGUUUCGUGAAACUGAUACCGAAAACGCGGACCUACCUCAGUCCCGUCCCCAAUCUCGGCCCACCUCAGUACACGGCGAUGAUGGAGAACAAACAGCGAGAGGAAGAUCGUUCAUAACGAAACUCAAAUCCUCGUUUACGUCCCAUGGGCGAUCAACCAGCGGAAGUGCGAUCGAUUUUCGGCCACCUCCUCCAGAUCAAGUUACACCCGGCUCCGAGCGGGGUGAAUUUCGCUUUCCCGAACCAUUGCCAGAGGAAGGAAGCGAUAUUGAGGCAGACGCAGAAGAGAGUGGGGCGGAACAGGCGGACCGUCCCAAAAGAAAGAAGAUUUUACGACGCACUCGUGGUCCAGAAGAGGAGUCCGGCAAUCGAACUGCACCUACAACGCCCAAAACUGGCCGCCGACCUUCCUUUCACUUCUCCUCUUCAUUCGCUCCAUUCGAAAACUAUCGCCAGAACAUCUUUCCUAGGAGAGCUAGUACUACUGAUUUCACUCCCCAGGCACGAGAAGGUGUGUCGGAGGACGAAGGUCGCGAGAGGCUCAACCGACGGAAGAAGAGUGGAUGGGCUGGAAAUCGUGCGAUGUCAUAUAUUGGACGGCAGCCUGACGAGAAUCAAGAUGAACCACGUCCGAGUCAUUUAAGGCGAUUGACUAAUCUUGCUGGCCCCUCGGACAAUGCCGAAAGCCUCGCGGCCACCUGGAAGCGCCAUCGUAACGAACGCGGUACCAGUGCUGGCGCCCAACGAUGGAAACAGAUCAAAGCUGGGUUCAAGCUUAUCGGUGGACGGCGCAAGGUCGAUACCUCGGUAGACAACAAGAAGUCGGCAGAGCUUCUUGCCGAAUUAGCCUCUGCUGUACCAGCGGCCCUCAUUCUGGCCAGUUUUUUCCAGCGAGAUGAACACGGAAGCAAACGGAUCCCGAUCCUGUUGGAACAGCUGAAGGUCCGGGUCACGGACAGUCGAAUUGAUGGUGGCUCUGGCGAUCGUCACCUUGUCUUUCGCAUUGAGUUGGAGUACGGCAGUGGCAUGACUCGAAUGAAAUGGAUCAUCUUCCGAACCUUAAGAGAUUUCGCCAACCUACACUUGAAGUACAAGCUUCAUCUUGGAACCCAAAAGUACAUCCAGCUGCGAACAAGCGAAAAUAGCCCCAGCCUUCCUCGUUUCCCGAGGAGUGCAUUUCCCUACCUGCGUGGAGUCCGAGGGCUGGAAAGUGAGUUUGAGGACGAAGAUGAAGAAGGGGGAUAUGAGACAGGUCCCGAGCCGAUGAGUGGCACUGAAAGACCCGGCAAAAAGAAGAAACAGGGCCAGCAACAACAGCAACGCCGGUCGUCUUCAGGUCCUCUUGCCCGUCGAAAGUCUAGUCUUACGAAUGCCCCUGAAGGUGAAUCUGUUGCAGGUCCUUCUUCUACGCACGAGGGAACGCCCGGUGGCAAAAGGGAAACAUAUCCAGAGCGACAACGGAAGAAGCUCGAGAUGUAUCUGCAAAAGAUGAUUCGCUUCCUGAUCUUCCGAGCAGACAGUAACCGUCUAUGUAAGUUCCUGGAGCUAUCUGCUCUUGGAGUUCGCCUUGCUGCAGAAGGGAGCUACCACGGCAAGGAGGGAUUCUUAAUUAUCCAGUCUUCGAAGGGAUUGGACUUCCGAAGAGCCCUCAAUCCGUCUCUUGUCAAGAAGCGACACUGGCCUAAGUGGUUCCUCGUCCGACAUAGUUACGUGGUUUGUGUGGAUUCGCCAGAGGAGAUGAACAUCUACGAUGUCUUCCUCGUGGACUCUCAUUUUAAGGUCCAAACUCCCAAGGUCAGCAUCCGCACCCAAAAAGCAAAGGAGUUAGCGAAAUCCGCGAAGCAAUCAGCUAGACACCCUCAACACCACACACUAAGGCUUGAAAACUCCGAGCGCAAAUUGAAACUACUCGCCCGAAAUGAACGUCAACUUCAACAAUUUGAAGAGUCCAUCAGAUUCAUGGCACAGAAUACACCAUGGAUGCGUCCAAAUCGGUUCGACAGUUACGCUCCAGUACGGCAAAAGUGUUUUGCGCAGUGGCUGGUUGAUGCACGAGAUCAUAUGUGGGUCGUGUCCAGAGCGAUCAAUCAGGCCAAGGAUGUGAUUUACAUCCAUGACUGGUGGUUAAGUCCAGAACUGUACAUGCGACGACCAGCUGCCAUCAGUCAGAAAUGGCGACUAGACCGUCUGCUGCAGGCAAAGGCUCGCGAAGGUGUGAAGAUCUUUGUCAUCAUGUAUCGCAACAUCAACUCCGCCAUUCCUAUUGACUCCGAAUACUCCAAAUUCUCACUCCUUGAGCUACACCCCAACGUUUUUGUUCAACGAUCUCCGAACCAAUUCCGUCAAAACACGUUCUUCUGGGCUCAUCAUGAGAAACUUUGUCUCAUUGAUCACACAAUCGCUUUCGUUGGAGGAAUUGAUCUGUGCUUUGGGCGAUGGGAUACGCCUCAGCAUCUACUGACUGAUGACAAACCCACUGGUUUUGAAACCGCUGAUAUGCACAAAGACGCCGAUAAUUGCCAGUUGUGGCCCGGCAAAGAUUACUCAAAUCCCCGUAUCCAAGAUUUCUAUGAUUUGGAUAAGCCAUACGAGGAAAUGUAUGAUCGAAAUGUUGUUCCACGCAUGCCUUGGCAUGAUAUUUCGAUGCAUGUAGUCGGCCAGCCUGCUCGUGAUCUUACUCGCCAUUUCGUUCAACGAUGGAAUUAUAUUCUUCGCCAACGUAAACCCACUCGUCCUACGCCAUUCCUUCUCCCUCCUCCAGAUUUCAAUCCAGCUGACCUGGAAGCUUUGGGCCUGGAUGGAACAUGUGAAGUACAGAUUCUGCGAUCCAGUAGCAUGUGGUCCACUGGAACACCAGAUGUCACCGAACAUAGCAUUAUGAAUGCCUAUGUCAAACUCAUCGAAGAAUCCGAGCACUUUGUUUACAUCGAAAAUCAGUUCUUCAUCAGUACCUGCGAAAUUGAUGGUAGGAAGAUUGAGAAUUUGAUUGGCGAUUCCUUGGUGGAGCGAAUUGUGCGUGCAGCAAAGAAGGGCGAGGUAUGGCGGGCCGUCAUUGUUAUUCCCUUGAUGCCAGGUUUCCAGAAUACCGUCGAUAGCGAGGGAGGAACCAGUGUGCGUCUUAUUAUGCAAUGUCAAUACCGCAGUAUCUGUCGUGGCGAGACAUCGAUCUUUGGCCGUCUCCGAGCACUUGGUAUCGACCCAGAGGACUAUAUUCAAUUCUACAGCUUACGAACGUGGGGUAAAAUCGGGCCACAGAAACAGCUGGUCACCGAGCAACUUUACAUUCAUGCUAAGUGCAUGGUUGUCGAUGAUCGAGCCGCCAUCAUUGGAUCAGCAAACAUUAACGAACGUUCCAUGUUAGGCUCGCGUGAUUCGGAGGUUGCAGCCGUCGUGCGUGAUACCGAUAUGAUCACCUCCACUAUGAAUGGCAAGCCAUAUCUUGUCGGAAGGUUCCCGCACACUCUUCGCAUGCGACUGAUGCGGGAGCAUCUUGGAAUUGAUGUUGACGAGAUCUUGGAGCACGAUUUGGCUACCGAAGAAGAGCUACGCAAGAUUCAGGAUGUUGAAGAGGGAUCUCAGCCAACCAAUGAACGACACCAGCGCGAAUCUGAAGCGUCAAUCAUUGAUCGACGGGAUGAGCGGGAGAUGAUGGAACGGCGACAUCGCGUCCAGGACGAAUUCUUGUCCCGCUCUGAAGAUAUGUACAGCUUCAACCAUGAUGUUGACUGGGAGCAAGGCAAUAAUCCAAACCUCAAGAGUAACCGAAGGGUGACCACCGAUCCCCGGGUAACGGACAAUUCCGAGCAUCGGAAAGAUGUGAAUGGUGAAGGUAUUGACAAUCUGAAAGCUGCGGAGCAAGCAGGCCUUGGAAAAUCCCGUGAUUCCCAAAUGUCACCUGUUGGGAGAGAGUCUCUUCUAUCGCCAGUUCUGUCUGAAGGUAAGGGUAGCAUUGAGCAACCAAAGUCAUCUUCGCCACAAAAGCCAUCGCGGGCCAAGUCGACUCGGAAGGAUGCAAAGAAUGUGCCUUCAACUGAGACUUCUCGCGACUCCGAGGCCAAUGGUAGCUCAGAUACACAACGUCAUGGCCACGGUGUCUCUGAAUCAUCAAGCCGCGAAUCGGAGUCCGGUGCUGGUAACCCGAAGGAAGCCCAGGACGCUUCACGAUUUGUGCACCCCUUUGCCCCAGAUCUGAAGCAUGUUUACAUUGACAAAGACUGCAUGAGAGACCCUGUGAAUGAUGUGUUCUACCUGGAUACCUGGCAAGCAGUUGCCGAGCAAAAUACGAAAAUUUACCGAUCUGUCUUCCGGUGCAUGCCUGAUAGUGAGGUCAAAAACUGGAAAGAAUACAAAGAAUACGCAGCGUAUGGUGAGCGUUUUGCAGAGAUGCAAAGCUCAAAAAGCAACAAACCAUCAAACCCACCCACCCAACGGCAGGCCGGUAAUUCUGGAGCUGGUGGCCCGGUUAAUUCGCCGACAUCCCUUGUCAGCCCCAGGACCGAGACGGCCGAACCCAAGACCCCUCAAACCAUUGAUGAGAAAGCAGAGUUGCGCGCAUCAGAUGCUAUCAGAAAUUAUGGCGAUCAACCCCAAUCUGAGCCCACGCAACAGGAACCCGCGGCCUCCAAUGACGAGAAGUCUCGUAUCAGGAUAGCAUCUGAUCCACAGCUGCUGGGUAAUGUACAAAGUGGGCAGGGCGAUGAUAACCCUACCCCUGGAGACGACCUCGACAGACCUCGCGCAGGUUCAGCGCAGGUUGACUACUCCGAUGCGUUAAAUCUCAAUGCAUCCCAAUCCCGGAGACGUAGACGCAGAGGAACCACCAUUGGCUCCAAGAGGGAAUUCCAUGCCGCGGAUGAAGUUAUGGACAGCCAGCGCGCGGAAGAUCUUCUGAACAAGACCCAAGGUCACCUUAUCCUCUGGCCAUAUGACUGGCUCGAAAAAGAAGAACAAGGAGGCAAUUGGCUUUAUGCCUUGGAUCAGAUCUCACCAUUGGAAAUUUACAAUUGA